CCGAUAUGAAGAGAUUCUGGGCACUCAUUCUGGCUGCUGCUUUGUUGCUGAACGAGUGGUGUGUGGUUAACUCUGUUCCCCGGAGGAAUGGGACAUCAACGACGGCAAGUGAGCUUUCGGGUAUUUUAAAGAAGAUUGUGUCUCCCUGUACCACCGAGCAAACCAACUGCAACAACCCUGAUCUCGAUAUUGUCUUCGCAUUGGACAGCAGUUCGAGCAUUAAUGAUACUGAGUUUAAGGCGCAGAAAUAUGCAACAAACAUGAUUGCUGAAUUCAUCGAUAGGCAUAGUCCCAUUGCCCCCGAUGGAACCCGGGUUGGUGCAUUGACGUUUGCCACUGAUGUGGUGAGAGAGUUCGAGCUGAAUGAACACACUGGUUUGGAAUCUGUUCAAGGUUACAUUGACGCGAUUGGCAGAAGAAUGGGAGGUACAAACACAAAACUGGCUUUGGAGACUGCGCAGCUCAUGUUUGAAGAUAUGUUCUUAGAGGAAAGCUGGAAGCUAAUCUGGCUACAUACUGACAGUAUGUCUAACCUGGGCGAUCCUCGACCAAGAGCAACAAGUAUAAAAAAACAAGGAUGGAUUAUCUGCGUGGUUGUUAUUGGUAACCAUGAGAAUGUAGAUGGAAUCGACGACAUAGCAUCUCCAGGAUGUGUUGUCAAAUUUGGGAGUUUUACAGAGUACGCAAAAGUCGCAAAAAAGGCUCAGGGCCCAGAUCAGUUUGAUGAAUUUGGUUACCAAGGAUAA